CCGCUCCUCCUCCUCCUUCACGAAACCCGCCGACGAACCGCAAAACCAAACAGAAACCCCCGGCAGCCCUCGUUUCGGUGCCUCCCGGUUCCCCGACACUGCUUCAUUUUUAGGGUCGUCGUAGACAGACAACACAGCCGAACAAUACAUUUUACUUUUUGAAGCUUUUUCAUAGCUGUCAUCGAUUAUAAAUACCAUGGGCCCUCCUCCAAGUGAUGACGUCAAGAUCGUGAUUAUGCGCACCGUCGGUGGUGAGGUCGCUCCGGCCUCCGCCCUCGCUCCCAAGAUCGGUCCCCUCGGUCUCUCCCCCAAGAAGGUCGGAGAAGACAUCAUGAAGGGCACCAAGGACUGGAAGGGACUCAACGUUACCGUCAAGCUGACGGUCGUCAACCGACAGGCCACCGUCUCGAUGAUUCCUUCCUCGAGCUCCCUCGUCAUGAAGGCCCUCAACGAGCCCUACCGCGACCGCAAGAAGGUCAAGAACGUCAAGCACGACGGAAACCUCACCCUCGACCAGGUCAUCGACAUUGCCAAGGAGAUGCGGGAGCGAUCCUGCGCCAGAAAGCUCGCCGGAACCGUCAAGGAAAUCCUCGGAACCUGCAACUCGAUUGGCUGCACCGUCAACGGAGAAUCCCCCCGGGACAUCCAGUCCGGAAUCGACGAGGGAGAAAUCGAGAUCCCCGAGUAAGCGAAGCGCCUUUCCACUCGGAAAGCAUUGGAUGCACUCUGCCGAGAUGGAGGGGUGGGAGAACACGGAUGUUCUCCGCGCCUUUCUUCGCGACACACCUUACGUUACGUAAUAUCUAAUGCAUGUUUUGGCUACGAACAAGGAGCUUGCGAGAGCACUCCCAAAAGCAAUAGAAGUUGUAUAUUUAG